AUGCUCCAGUUCCUGCUUGGAUUUGCUUUGAGCAAUGUGGUUGGAAUGUAUCUGGCUCACAAUUAUGAUAUGCCAAACCUGGCCAAAAAACUUGAAGAGAUUAAAAAGGACCUGGAAGCCAAGAAGAAACCCCCUAGUUCCUGAUGCCUGCCCAGCACUGUGCUCUGAACCCAAGUUCCCUCCCGAGGGGCCUGACUCCUUCAUAGCCGCACCCCAAAGCUGUGUUCCUCCUCAGCCUCAGACCUUGCCUGUUGCCUUAGAACCAACUUGGGGCCAGAAGUCAAGGUUACCAGCAGCUUCCCUUCAGCUUAGUUUCCAUCCAGCUGCC